AUGAUAGUUGAAGAUGUUGAGAAAAGUAAUAGUUUUUGGGCGCUGUUCAACCUGAGACGCACCCGUUCAACCCCAAGCGCUGAGGACAUAUGUACACUCUGUCAGUCUCCUGAUGUUUGCAGAUUCUGGUCCAGGGAAGACCAGAUUAGGCUGUGUUACUUGGCCAUCUUGACAGGCGGUUUACUUGCCCUUGAUCGGAGAGAAGCUAUUUCUCCUGCUAAAGCAAAGCUGCUUAUGGAUUUGACGAUUUUCGAGCAGUAUCCAUGGGGAAGAGUGGCUUUCAAUGAACUUGUUCAGCAGAUUAAGGACGCAACUGCAAAGAAAAUCAAGGAAAACAGCAGUUAUGUCUGUAAGGGGGUUCGUGCAAGUAAUCCAGGUUUGGGCUUACGCUUAUAUACCUGUCUUGGAGAAGCAAUUGGGCGUCCUAUCAGGUCUGAUGGUCCAUGCUUAGUGAGGUUCAAUGGCAAGUGUGGAAAGCUCGCCUUGAGUGCUAUACUUGAAAAAGCGAAGGUUACUUGUAUGUGCGAGCGAAGCUUAGAUGAAGUUCAUCCGGUUUGGGAAGACCCAGGUGAGGAUCCUGAGAUUGACAAUCUUAUGGAGUUCCUACGGCAAGACAAUUCCCUGAGUACAAUUACUUGGCAAGCCCUGCCGGAGUACCCAUUGACACCAAUUGAAUGUAACAAGCGUAGUCUGGUUGCAAGCCAGAAGAAAUCGAAGAAAGCAAAGAAGCUGUUGUCAGCAAAAGUGGAGGGUUUGGAAAAGCAAUUAAAUAGUGAACCGGUCUCAGCAUUGUUUCAAUCUGCGGUUGCCAAUACCGUAGAUAAUCUUGCAUCUCGAAUCACUCAGCUGGAAGAAAUUAUGCUACUCAAAAAACCCGCAAACGAUCGGUUCUCUUACACAAAGCUACCAGCAAAACCAGCGAAAACAGAAGGCAGCAAAGGAAUGACUACAGUUCAAGGAACUUAUGGACCCCAGGACCCGGGACAAGGAGACAAAGAAGAAGGCAAACAAGGAACUGAUGGACCCCAGGACCCGGAAAAAGAAGGAGACAAAGAAGAAGUGAAACAAGUUAGGGAAGAUCACCCAGACAACCCUGAGGAAAAGAAUACAAUAGAAGACAUGGAAGAUGAACAUCCAUUUGAGGGGCAAGGCAUAAAUGCCGGAAGGAGUGCACCACAAAAAGCAAUGGAAGAUCACCCAGAAAACCUUGAGGAAGAGAAUGCAGGAGAAGACAUGGAAGGAAAGCAGAAAACAGACAAACUUGGAGACGCUUCAUCUGCCUCAGUCACCGCUUUUGUGCCUUCUCCGGAAUUGUUGGUUAAAGUGGCUGACAGAAAGGCCAGCCGUUUGCAGUAUCAGGCAAACAAUCCCCCUCCUAGGGAUAAAGAGAACAGGCCCCUUGUCUUGUCGCACAACCUAAGAAGCCCAUCUGAACCUGGCACCCAAGUUAAGGGGGUUUUGAUCAGAUAUGCGGUGUCCACGCUUAAGGAUUCCGUUUAUCCAAUUGGCUCAGAGACGCGCGCCUUGAAUUUCUUCACCCACAUGGAUGCAGCUUUAAAUUUAUAUAGAUUAAGAUUCAGACAACACCCAAAAAUGUUCCCAUCUACAAGGAUUGCUAUUAUGGACACAGCCUUCCAGAUGCUAUGGUCACAUCAGCACAUGAACUGGAAAAAAGAUUCAUUCCUUCCUGGUGCGACGUUUCACUACUUCUACGGUCAUUGGGUAGCCAUGGUUAUUUCCAUCCCGGAUCGGACUGUCAAAAUCUUUGAUAGUGGGAGUAAGCCUGCCGAAAAAGAUACUAGAUUAACGGAUGCGGCAGAGCCGUUUGCUAAAAUGGUUCCUUACGCGUUAUGGUUAUUUGCACCCGCCUCACGCAGGCCAUCUGUGGAUCAAACUGCCUUUACAAUCGAAUGUGUAUGGAAAGGUGUUCCACAAGCAAAAAGCCCAUAUGGGGACUGUGGAGUUUAUGCACUAAAAUUCCUUGAGUGUCUAAUGUUGGGUGUUCCGUUUAGUCGAUAUUAUCUUAAGGAUACAAGGAUGGAGGAAGUGAGGAAAAACCUCGCAGCGGCGAUGUAUGUAGAAACAGCAGGAGCAAACGAGAGUAUGCACGAUCCCAAAUUUCUCGCAAUUGCGAUUGAUGAGGCUACUAAGGAUAGAGAAGAGAGAAAUUAA